UCAUUUCUACUCAACUUAAUAUACCAACUAGUACUGUAAGUGAUAUUAUAAAAAGUAUAGAGAAACAAGUUCUACUGAACCUAAGUGAUAUAACAGACAAGUUUAAUAUCAGCCUUAAUACAACUUUACACUCUAAUAUGGUUAGAAGUUACCUUUAUGAUGAAG